AUGACCAUGCGGCCAGGCUCCCUCUCUGGCCUCAGUCGCCUUAUCCGUCCUACUUCCAUAUCCACACUUCGUCCAGCUGCGACGCUGCCGCGAUGUCUCUCAACUAGCACGCCCUCGCUAGCUGGGGCACCACCAAAAGUUUGGGCACCGACGCCCUUUGUAACGGAGACAGUGGCCGGUGGCUGGCAGACCUCCGAUAUCUUCUCCCGAUUACUCAAGGAACGUAUCAUCUACCUGGAGGGCGAGGUAGACGGGGCCGUCUCCGCCUCCAUCGUCGCGCAGCUCCUCUUCCUCGAAGCCGAUAACCCCGAGAAACCCAUCCACAUGUACAUCAACUCGCCCGGCGGCUCCGUGACAGCCGGUAUAUCUCCCUUCCUCCCCUCCUGUUUCUACAUCAAGUUAAUACCAUAUCCCACCCCAGGCCUCGCAAUCUACGACACCAUGACCUACAUUGCCUCCCCAGUCUCAACUAUCUGCGUCGGCCAAGCCGCCUCCAUGGGCUCGCUCCUCUUAUGCGGCGGCCACCCGGGCAAGCGGUACUGCCUCCCGCACUCCACGAUCAUGGUGCACCAGCCCUCGGGCGGUUACAUGGGGCAAGCGACGGAUAUCGCCAUCCACGCGAAGGAGAUCCUGCGCGUGCGCAAGCAGCUGAAUCAGAUAUACAAGACACAUCUCAAUGGCAACAAGGAGCUGUCCCUCGAUGAUAUUGAGAAACUGAUGGAGAGAGAUUAUUUCAUGGGUGCCCAGGAGGCGCUGGAAUUGGGCGUUGUGGAUGAGAUUCUGGAUCGGAGGGCUGUUAAAGGUGGGGAGAACGGUGGAAAGUAA